AUGGCCAAGUACUAUGACGAGAUCCCGUUGAAACUCAUCGAAUGGAUCUUGAAGCAGCAGAUGUUUUGGGUGGCUACGGCUGCGCUACAGGGGGAUGGGCAUGUUAAUGUCUCUCCUAAGGGCACUGCGAAUUGUUUCCACGACCUUACUGGCAGUGGUAUCGAGACGAUUGCGCACAUGCGCCAGCCCGGAACGGUCGUAUCACGAUUCUCUUCAACGCGUUUCGAAGGACCUCCAAGAAUCCUCCGCUUGUGGGGAAAAGGCACCGUAUACGAAUUCGGCACGCCAGAAUACAAUGACUUCAUCCCGCCGUCCAACCGCAAAGCCGGCUCGCGUGCUAUCAUCGUCAUCGAUGUACACAAAGUCGGAACGUCCUGCGGCUUCGGUGUUCCAUUGUACAAAUACGAGACCCAGCGCACGAUUCUCGAGCGUUGGUGCGACACCAUGGAAAACUUUGAUCGUGAUGGCGAGCCUCAGCAAGCCCCUCCCCCAUAUGACUCCCAGGCGCUCGUCAAAGACCCGCGUGGGAUCAAAGCGUGGUGGACUGCCGAGAAUCUCGAGAGUUUUGACGGUUCUCCCAGCCUUACAACACGCACACGACACCAGCGUCCCGCCCAUUAA